AUGCCUGCCGAUUUAAGAGCAUUGAGCAAACAAGAGCGUUUCUGUUUCGAUACGCUAAAUAACGUGGUUAAAUUUGUCGAUGGUUACAACGAGGAUCGGGAUAAAGGGCAAAUCGCGGGGUGGAAGGAUCGUUUGGAGGGACUUUUCGAGAACUUUUUGAAGAUCCGUCUGCAGAUCGAUCUGCUGCAAGAUGCUGAUUCGGCUACCGCAGCUAAUGAUGAAGAAGCCAGUCGCAAAAUACGUGAGCAAUUCGAAAAGGGCUACGUGAAGGUGAAAGGGUUCUUGAUCAAUGCUGAACGCAUGGCUAACGCAACGCCGUCCGUCAGUACUGAAGUAAUUGCUGCUAACUCUAAUCCUAGUCGCACUAAUCAGAUGGCUAGGAUAAAGCUCCCCGAAGUUAAGCUGCCUUCGUUUGAUGGAUCAGUCACUGAUUGGCUGACAUUCCGAGACACUUUCAAAAGUCUCAUUGAUUCCAACCCUAACCUAUCGGAUGUGGAUAAGUUCUCGUAUCUUGUCGCAUCUCUAACCAAGGAAGCUAAACGGGUUGUUGAGGCUAUUGACAUAACCGAAGCCAACUACCCUAUAGCCUGGGAAACGCUAGCCAGGCGUUUCGAUAACAAAAAGUUGGUGGUCAAAACCUACUUAGACGCUCUUCUUUCCGUGGAACCUCUGAAAAGAGAAAGCUACGAAUCUCUAUCUCGGCUCAUAGAUGAUUUCGAUCGGAACCUGCAAAUGAUUCAAAAAAUGAACAUUGAUACGGCGGGUUGGAGUGUAUUAUUAGCGUACAUCGUUUGCUCUUGUCUCGAUGCGUCAACUUUGAAACAGUGGGAGAAUCACCACAAAUCCACAGAGGUUCCCCAAUACGAACAGCUAAUCGAGUUCUUGCGCAGUCAUUGUAUCGUUUUGCAGUCCAUCGCUCCUGGAAAGCCACGCACCUCUGAAGCGUCACGAUCGGAUGUUGUAAAGGUGCAGAAAUCAAAAGUUAGCAGCGUACAUUCCGUCAUCAGUUCUACCUUGAAGUCGUGUGGGUUUUGUAAUCAGUCUAUCCAUUCACCUUUCAAAUGUGAAAUGUUCCGCAAGCUGUCCGUUCCUGAACGUUUCGAUUUGGUGAAGAAAAGGUCUCUCUGCAUUAACUGUCUAUCAACGGAUCACCAAAUUAAGAACUGUUCAUCUGGCGCCUGUCGUGUUUGCAAUCAAAAACACCACACGAUGCUCCACCAGCAAGCUCCAAUUCGCAAUUCGGCCCAUCCAAAUGUUUCUAAGCUUCACCAAAACCAACCAACCACAAGUCAGACUCAAUCUCAAUUCCAAACCGCUCAAACGGCUCCACCAAACGCAAAUAAGACUUCCUCGCAAUCUCCUCCCGCUGAAAGUCAACAGUUAGCCACUGGUUCGCUCAGUUAUUGCUCCACCUCCUUGGCUGCCAACUUUCAUCGAAUCCCAUCAACUGUGUUGCUGCAAACGGCUCUUGUAAAGGUCGUCGGAUCUUCUAGGAAUAUUAUGUGGGCUAGAGCAUUGCUCGAUCCUGCUUCACAGCUGAACAUCAUUUCGGAGAACUUAGCUCAACGAUUGCAGCUGUCAAAGGUCAAAGAUCAUCACACCAUCGGAGGUAUCGGAAAGUCUACCAUUGUGUCUACCCACUCCAUCACAGCCGAGAUCCAGUCACAUUGCUGCAACUACCGUACACAGCUGAAGUUUCACGUGCUGAGUUCUGUGACACGUGAGCUGCCUUCAAACAACAUCGAAGUCACUGAGUGGCAUUGGCCUAAUGACAUCGUGCUUGCUGAUCCCCAAUUCAAUGAACCAGGGGUAGUAGAUAUGAUUAUAGGAGUCGAUAGCUACUAUGACCUUCUUCUCGAUGGAUUUAUCCGCCUCGGUGCGGGACAACCAGUGCUGCAAAAUACUUUGCUGGGAUGGGUUGUUUCUGGCAGGGCUGGGGUCAACCGACCCGAACCGGAGAUAGUUAGUAUCGUCCACGUGUGUACGCAAGAUUUCGAUGAGAAACUAUCCAGAUUUUGGGAGUUAGAAGCUUGUCAGUCCUCUAGUACCAUGUCAGUAGAAGAAUCCACUUGCGAGGCUCACUUUGUCGCAACGACUGCAAGGGACACCUCUGGUCGAUUCAUGGUAGCACUUCCGAUAAAACCGUCCGUUAUAUCCCUGAUGGGAAACUCCUACGAAAUCGCCAAACGGCGCUUUCUGUCGUUGGAACGCCGUUUACAAACCAACCCUCAGCUCAAAUCUGCAUACUCGGCUUUUAUCGAAGAAUACCGUCUACUGGGACACAUGAAAGAGAUUACAGAUAUCAAGCUACCAACCCAGUAUACUCCCUACUAUUUUCCGCACCACUGUAUCGAACGUCCUGAUAGCUUGACCACUAAACUUCGUGUCGUGUUCGACGCCUCCUGCGCCACUGAUACUGGCAUUUCCCUGAAUAACACGCUUAUGGUAGGGCCAGUGGUGCAAGAUGAUCUUGUAUCCCUAAUUCUGCGAUGGCGAAUUCAUAGGUACGUCAUUAUUGCGGACAUAGAAAAAAUGUACCGUCAAAUCCUGAUGAAUCCUGCCUUCCAAUGUCUUCAGCGGAUACUCUGGCGAGAUGACCCUUCGGGGCCGAUUCUGAUCUUCGAGCUAACGACGGUGACUUACGGAACCUCUUCGGCCCCAUAUCUGGCCACGCGAUGUUUGUACGAACUCUCCAAGGAAGGUCAUUACUCGAACCCUUACGCCGCUAAAGUUGUAGGCAAGGACUUCAACAUGGAUGAUCUGCUUACGGGAUGUAACGAUGUAGAGGCUGGGAAGAUCUUGUGUACCCAACUACUCCAGCUGUUGGGCUCUGCUGGAUUCCAAUUACGAAAAUGGUCGUCAAACUCUCCAGAGAUUCUUGCCCACAUUCCUCAACCGCUGCGAGAUGAACGCAACGUCCUAGGACUGGAUCCGGGAGCUUCGAUCAAAACGCUAGGUCUGAGGUGGGAACCCGCAUCGGAUGUCCUGGGCUUCCACGUACCGAAAUGGAAGGAAAACCAUCACAUUACCAAACGGAUUGUUGCUUCCGAUACUGCCAGUCUGUUUGACCCUCCAGGCUUCCUAGGACCCAUCAUAGUAGUCGCUAAACUGUUCGUGCAAGAACUAUGGAGAAGCAAUCGUUCCUGGGACGAGCCCCUAGAAGACGAAAUCCAGCAAAGAUGGUUGCUGUUUCGGUCGCAGCUUGCAGUAAUCGAAAACCUCACCGUUCCACGCUGGGUUAUUCCGAUUGUCAACCCGACCCACAUCGAACUUCACGGUUUUUGUGAUGCCUCUGAACGGGCAUACGGGGCCUGUAUAUAUUUACGUGCCGUAUCCAGCAAUGGAGACACCUCUGUUCGACUCUUGACGUCAAAGUCGAAGCUUGCACCACUGGGAAACACUCCCAAGCAAAAAAAAUCUGUUUAG